AAAAUAUGAUUCAAAUUUGUUUAAAAUUUUUAUCAACAAUUAGUUUAUUAUUAUUAAUAAUAAAUUAUAGCAAUUGUUGGCCACAUAAUGAUAAUAAAUUUGUCAGUCAAUGCCAAUACCGUACAUACAAAUGGCUAAACUGUAGUACAAUAGGUAAUAGUAGUGAUGAUGAGGACAGCCAUCAUCGGGAACUGGAUAUUAAACAGGAGUUCCUCGAGUUAUCCAAAAAACUGUGGCCAUGGGCCCGACAUUUCGAUCAAUUCCGAUGGCGGGCACUGGUCAAAGGUGGUCAACUACCGGCCAAUACUAUAAACAAUUUUCGGCUAAUAGACAUUGAAAUUAGAUCCGAAAACUUACGUCAAAUACACCGGAAAGCAUUCAGCGUAGGUCUGACCCAAUCGGGUACUACUAGUCUCCGAUUUCCUGGCGAUACACCCAUCCGAUUGCGUAAUCGACCGGACAGUGAUUAUGAUAUUUAUCGGGCAUUCGCGGAAAUCCCGUCAUUACGGGAAUUGGUUGUCAAUCUAGAGUGGAAUUCUAGUCACGAAAUUCCUGAUAAAGCAUUUUCCCGUACAAUAGAUUCCCGGUUAAGGACAGUUAGGUUUGCCGGUCGAUAUACAAUUAGAUCGAUUGGUGAAAAAGCAUUCCAUGGGCUCCGGUAUCUCCAGGAACUAGAUCUAAGUGGUGUCGAUAGUAUUGCUAGGAUAGAGGACGAGGCGUUUGAGCUCCGGGAUUGUCCGCUAUUUGAUUAUCAUAGACUUGUAAUCAAUCUGAAUGGUACACAACUGGCCGAUAAUCGGGUAGAAAACGGUGCGUUUGAUGUCGAAGCCCGUCGGCGGACAGUUACCUUGAAUUUAGAUAACAAUAAUUUUCGGGAAAUACGGGAAAAAUUGUUCAAAAAAUUUUUGGACAGAAACCGCUCGAAUGUACUGUCAUUGAUGGCUAACCCGUUAGGUUGUAGUCCACAAAAUCGGUCCCGAUUUCAGUGGCUAUUGAAAAAUAGACGUCAAUAUCAGCACCGUUUGGUGGCUAACUGUGCUACUGAUGGACAGUCCAUAUGGGACUACGAUUGGACUGAAAGACCUACCAGUUUGACACCUGUGCCGACUAAUUCAACCCAAUCAUCAUCGGUGGUAACACCCGUACCAACUGGUAGUACCAUCAAUGGUACCACUAAUUCAACCCAAUCAUCAUCGGUGGUAACACCAGUACCAACUGGUAGUACCAUCAAUGGUACGACUAUUAAUUCAACCCAACCAUCCUCUGUGCAGACAACUGAGCCGAUAACUAUCACCACUACCAGCACCGGUAGCACCAGUAGUGAUGGUACAGACACACCAACUACACCAGUAGUCAUCACUACUACUACUGAGGAAAUACCUAUUGAAACGACUACCGAACCUAACGAUAAUAUCUAAAAAAAAUAUUAAUAUUUUUUUAAGAAACUAUUGACUGAAUUAUAUUAAU